AUGGGUCGGCAGUGGCAGCUCCGGAACAAGGAGAGCUUCAUCAACUAUGUCAAGAUUGAGCUGCAGCUGCUGAAGCAGGAGUGGAAGAUCCUCCUGCCGUGCACCAUCAUGCAGUACCUCCACGCCAUCUUCCACAACCUGGCCUAUUACAUCCAGGGCAACGAGCUGGCCAUCGAGCAGCGCUUCACGCUCUACGAUCUCGGCUUUGAGCUCUUGCCGGAAAUCCACGGCUUUGCAGCGUCGCUCUCGGACAUUCUCGUGUUCGCCGUGAUCUUUGCCCCCGCCAUUUUCCUCGUGCUGACGAUCCCCUUUGCCAAGCAAGAGCCCGGUCGCCCGCGCUACCUCGUGAUCGUGCUCAAGCGCUGUCUCAUGCAGCUCAGCAUCUGUCUGGUUCUUCGCAUUCUGUCGUUCCUCGCGACGGCUCUCCCAUCUCCUGCGGACCACUGCGAGCUCAAGUUUAACGACGCGUGCAUGCAGGCGAACCCGGACAACCCGAUCCCGUGUGUCGUGCCGAACCCGAACUUCAAACCGCCCGGCACGGACCAGUUGCUGACCCGCAUCGACUCGCUCAACGGGUGCGGCGACCUGAUGUUCAGCUCGCACACGAUCUACACCGUGUCGCUCAUUUUGACCAUGUGGAAGUACUGGCUCAACAAGUACGGGCUCGCCCUCAUGGUCUCGAUACAGAUUGUGAUUGCGUUCUUGAUCGUGGCCUCACGGAAGCACUACACGCUGGACGUGUACUCUGCGCUGUACAUUGUGCCUCUGAUCUGGUUUACGCUCGAGGCGUACUAUAAGGACAUUAACCACAAGGACUCGGAGGUCACGGUCAAGACCAUCUACGACUUUUACGGAGUGGACGUGUCGAGCGACGCGGACGACGGCGCAGUGCCGCUGUACCCGACCGAAGGCACUCCGAACUCGACGGCGCCGCUGAACCCGUCGGUCCACGUGACGAUGACAGAGGACGAGAGCACGAACGGCGAGCGAUCUGACCCGGACCACACGACCACGAGCUUCCAGCGCAAGAAUUCGCUGUAG